GGUUCUCUUUUAUUUUCUUCUUCUUUCUUAAAACAUAAUGUCUUAUCAACCUCCUCCCCCUCCUCAAUAUAAUCAACAACAACCCCCACCACAACAAGGAGGAUACAAUCCUCAACAAGCUUAUUAUGGUCAACAAGCUGCUGGAGCUCCUCCAAGUGCUGUAGAUCAACAGCUAUAUGGCUGGUUUAAAGCAGUUGAUACAGAUGGCUCAGGUCAACUCUCAGCUGACGAACUUCAAAGAGCCUUGAUUAACGGUGACUGGAGUCCUUUUAAUAUCGAAACAGUUCGUCUUAUGGUGAACAUGUUUGAUACUGAUAAUAGCGGCACUAUUGGAUUUAAUGAAUUUGCUGGAUUAUGGAAAUAUAUUGAAGACUGGAAGCGAUGUUUCCAAGCCUUUGAUGUCGACCAUUCAGGAAGUAUCAACCAAGCUGAAAUGGGUAACGCCUUAAGAUCUUUUGGCUUUAAUGUUUCACCUAAAUUCAUUCACACUCUUAUUCAGAAGUUUGACCGUUAUGCCACUAUUAAAAAUACAGGAAAAGGAGACGUUUCAUUCGAUAAUUUCGUCCAAGCUUGUGUCACAGUCAAGACCUUGACUGAUUCUUUCAGACAAUUCGAUAAUGAUAAUGACGGUUGGGUUCAGAUUAACUAUGAACAGUUUUUGGACCUUGUUGUUCGUCAACGCGCUUAAAUAAAAAGAUUACGUAUAUUUUGAGUAAACGAAUUCAUGCUUUUCUUAACCUUUUUUAGACGAGAUAUUUUAAUAACCAUGUAAAGUCAAAGAAUGGUUACUGUGUAAUAAAUGAGCACAAUAACGUUGAAAAAAUCAAAAACAAGCACAACUAAAAAUGGCCUUUAAAUGCUGAUAAGCAUGUAUGCUAAGAAAAGAAGAAAGAAAAAAAAAAGAAAAAAAAAAGAGAACACAAGAACA